GUGCGUGAGCUGCUCGUAGAGGACAAGCAAGUCCAUCAGCUCUUCCGUCGGACAUUUAUCCCAGCAUCCACCAGUGGAAGUUCGCUGAACGAACGAGAUUAGGAGGGAGAAGACUCGGUCUGCUAGUUUUUGGCAUUGUAUUUAUUUGACCAUUUAGUGUGUCGUAAAUUAUUAACCAUGAAGUUACUGUGGGCGCUCAGUGCCCUUCUGCUGAGCUGUUGGCGAGUGAAUGCAUCCACAGCUGGGUUUAUAAAGUCUCCCCUGUCUCGGAUGAAGCUGAUCAAUGACAGUGCAGAACUGCACUGCGAAGUGAUCGGAAACCCCAUCCCUGAGGUACAGUGGUGGUUUAUAGAGGGUGAGGAGCCCAACGAGAACUUCACCCAGCUCUUUGAUGGAGCACGGGAUGACCGUGUGCAGCUAAAUGCCACGUAUGUCGAACACGCAGCCAGCACCAUUCACCUCACUAGCCUCACCCUCGAGGACUCGGGCAUGUAUGAGUGCCGUGCUUCCAACGAUCCUGACCGCAAUGAACUGAAGAAGACGCCAAAAAUCAAGUGGAUCCGCUCACAGGCAAACAUUAUUGUGAUUGAAACCCCGAACAUCAUUACUGAACCUUCAGAGGUCACCAAUCAGACCUCUGCAGUUCUAAGCUGCAACCUGACAGACUCCAGUCUUCCCAUCAAAGGAUCCUACUGGGUGCUCAAUGGCAAAACAAUUGAAAAGUCAGAGUCCUCCGAUUCUGCUCCAUUUACUUCUCUGAGUCUGGACAAGAUCAACCACCAUUCUGCUGGGAAGUAUGAAUGUGUGUUCCAGACUGAGCCAGAGGUGAAGCAGAUGAUUGAAGUGAAAAUCCUUCCCCACGUCUCUGCCCACAAACACUCCGAGCAUGGCAAUGAGAAUGACGUGGUUGUGUUGGUCUGUGACAGCCAUGGCUAUCCACUGCCCACUGACUGGUCUUGGUUCAAAGAGGAAAAUGAUGUCAAAAUGCCUAUCAGCAACGGCACUGGUGACAAAUACGAGAUUAAGAGCACUCCCAACAAGACCAGUCUGACCAUCAUUGACCUGAAAAUCGAAAAAGACGCUGGAGACUACUUCUGCUCUGGAACCAAUGAACUUGGCACAAAAACCGACAAGGUCCACCUGCGUGUCCGCAGUCGCCUGGCUGCUCUCUGGCCCUUCCUUGGCAUUGUGGCUGAGGUCAUCAUCUUGGUGGCCAUCAUCUUCAUCUACGAAAAGAGGAGAAAGCCCGAUGAGAUCACUGAUGAUGACGACUCAGGAUCUGCUCCUCUGAAGAGCAAUUCUACCACCAACCACAAAGACAAGAAUGUGAGGCAAAGGAAUUCUAACUAGAAGCUGAAAGAGAUGGACAAGCAGAUGGCAGUCCAGGAUUCAACUGUUGUGAGGCACAUUAUACUGUGCACCCUGCAACUUUAAGUAUCUUUUUGUGCUUGGGUGUUGAUGUUUUAAGAAACUGAAGGAUAUCCUCUUUAUUUUUAUUUUUUUUCAGCUAUAUUCUCUCAUUGUGCAACCAGAGAACAUUGUGUGAAAUACUUCCUGCUUGAGGCCCGGCAUGGGUCAAAUAUCGCAUGAGUUUAAAUACUUGUUCUAGAGAAAUGUGUGUUUGUUGUGAAAUCAUUAGUAUGGUCAUGCGAGGAAUGCGUAGUUUGUGGUUAUUUUUCCGUUUCUGCUGAUGCUUCGUUCACUGACCUCACAAAUUGUUUGAUCUUUUCUUUUGUAACAUAGUUUGGAAUGGAGACUUUUGAAAGCCAGAUCAAGUUUUGUUUCAAGGAUCUGAAACAUUGAUCAUGAAACUUUACUUACUUACAUUUUAAGAGCAGCAACUAGAGUGUUUGUAUUCACAUGUUUGAUCAAUCCUCGCACCAACAUAAACCAUCGCAGAGUUUUAAACUUUGCCAUAACAAGCACCAAUCCUCUUGUUUUCUUUGCAUUUCCUUUUUAAAUUCAACAUUUAAAGUUAAAUACUAAAAUGACUUAAAUUCACACUUUUUUUUGUUUGUUUUUUGUUGCCAUAAGAAAUUAAUAGGUUUUAGUCAAAAAACACAUUUCAAUUUUCAGGUAUAAGUCACAAUCUCUUUUUGCCAAUGUCAUACCCACAGACAAAAUUAAGGACCAAGUACAGGAGAUGCCAGUUUUGAUACUUCUGUUGGAUGCAGCAUAAAUAAUCAUUUUUACUGAUGUUUGAAAUGGCAGUUGAUGCUCAAUAGUAGGUAUGUUUUUAUUCUUUUUCACUUACCGGUGAUGUGACAAAAGGAAACAUUUGUGUGAUCGCCCGACCACUGUCUCUGUUCCUUCACUGCGUAGAUUAUUUAAAGCCAUAUGCUCAUUUAACCUGAGUCGUGCUGUGAUUGGAUGUUAACAUUUCAGACUUGCAUAAAUGAAAAAGACCUAGCCAGAAUUGUGUAGAUUGUUGUACCUUCCAAAUACCUGGAAUAACAUCUUCUGUACAAGUUGCACAAACUGAAUAAAGGUAACUAAUUUUA